CCCGGGGGUCAGCGGGGGAACGCAGGCAGCCAGUCAGGCGGCCCGGCAUUCUUUCUCAAUGUGUGUGUGGGUUUGGCCGCAGCCCACUCGGUGCUCUUUGACUCCGCUGGCCUUAUAAGGCAUCCAGAGCCAUGGCAACUGCAGGGCUUGAAUAGCAGUGUCAAAUCCCUCAGCACACAGACACACGCUCACUCUCCCUAAAGGAGGGAGCGCAGCGGAGGAAGAGGAGGCUAUCUCUGCCGUGGCUCGAACAGAAGAGGAGCGCUCUGUGUUUUCGCUAAUUUAUUCCUGCCAAAGCCGGCUGGAAAAAACAAGGGAAAAGGACGAUCAGAGAGGAGCGAGGAGCGCAGCAGUAAAAGCCCGAGUCUCUGACAGCUGAGGCGGGGACGUUCUGGCCUCUAGAUGUUACUGCAGGAUGGACAAGCUCUGAGAAAACCAGACAACGGAGACAUGACUUUGGGAAAGGGGAGCAGACUGUGACGGAGGAGAUUUCUCAACUCAGCCUUUGUUUUGGCUUGUUUUUUCUCUGACAUUUGAUCCUCUGACCCCAUUGGCUUUGAAGGAUCAGAAGAAAACAGAGUUUCGUCACAGAGGGCAGAGCAGGAGGACGUCUUUGGUGAACUUUGCUGCUCCAGAAACCAGCUGAGUCAGAAGAAAAAGAUAGUUUCCGAAAACAGAAAAGCAAAAGAAUAAAACACUUUUUUCUUUUAGCCAUCUGUGCAUUUCUGAAAAAGCCUCAGCGUGCGUCUGCACUGGAAGAGCUCAGAUCAGAAGAUAGCACCUCAGCACGGCAGGAACUGGUUGGACGAGUUUAUAAGUUAGAGGAAAGGGCAGGGCAGUUUAACCCUGCCUGAAGGAGAACUGACUGGGUUUUAUUUUUCUAUCACCUGCUGGACGCUUUGAGGGAAAGUGCUGCCCUGAAACAGAAGAGAGGAGGCAGAUUUUUUCCAAUAUCUGCGUCCCUUUUCAUCAUGCUCAAUCGCAGGUGAGGUAUUUUCUUCUUCCUUUCAUUGCCGGGGUCGGAGAAAGCGGCUGAGAGGGAAGGAGAAAGAGUCAAAGAGUAAUUUAUUGUUUCCUGUGAAAAGAGCAGGGCUGCACCCUUUACUCCUGCCUGAACUCUGAACCACUUAAUGCGCGUCUGAAGUUUCUCUCCGAGCUCAAGAGCCAUUGAUCAGAGGUCAGGGCUGAACAAGAGCAGAGAGAGGGAGAGAGCGGAGGGAUUAAAGAAGGGAGAGGAAAAAUAUCGCAGAGGAAGGACCUCCGGAUCAGGACUGCCAGACGGCGAAGGGGAUAAAGGUCAACGCAGGCGAAUCGGGACAACUUCGUCUCCUGUUUUCAGAUCUUCCAGGACAAAGUUGCUCAAAUCCAAACCAGGCGUCCCAACCUCGGAGUCUGAAGCCAGUUCUUCCAACUUUGAAAGGGGGGCAACGUGAAACCCGGCUGAGGCGGCGAAGGGUCCGUGUAUGAUCCUCUCACGGGGCGGCGAGUCUUUGAGAACAUGGCCAUGGUGAGCGGGGGAUGGGGCAACCCCAACGGGGACACCAACGGGCUGGGAGACAAGGCGUACCUGAGGAGGGAGGAGGACAACGACUCGCCGCAGGCCGGCAGCAGCGAUGUGGACGUGGGCGACGAGGACAAGACCUGCGUGGUGGACUGCGUGGUGUGCGGGGACAAGUCCAGCGGGAAGCACUACGGCGUGUUCACCUGCGAGGGCUGCAAGAGCUUCUUCAAGAGGAGCAUCAGGAGGAACCUGAACUACUCCUGCAGAUCGAACAGAGAAUGCCAAAUUGACCAGCAUCACCGUAACCAGUGCCAAUACUGCCGUCUUAAGAAGUGUUUUCGCGUCGGGAUGCGGAAAGAAGCUGUCCAGCGAGGUCGAAUCCCUCCGUCUCACUCAGGUAUCAGUCCGAACUCCCUGUCUGGAGGACCUGGGGGUCCGGGUCACAUCGGGGCGGACUACUUCAACGGCCAGCCCGUGUCGGAGCUCAUCUCCCAGCUGCUUCGGGCCGAGCCGUACAGCAACAGCCGCUACGGCGCCCCCUACACUCAGGCGCAGAUACAGGCGUCGGCGAGCGGCGCGUCCGUCAUGGGCAUCGACAGCAUCUGUGAGCUGGCCGCCCGCCUCCUCUUCAGCACCAUCGAGUGGGCCAGAAACAUCCCGUACUUUCCAGAACUCCCCGUCUCAGAGCAGGUGGCGCUGCUGAGGCUGAGCUGGAGCGAGCUGUUCAUCCUUAACGCGGCGCAAUCCGCCCUGCCGCUGCACAUGGCGCCCCUGCUGGCCGCCGCCGGCUUCCACUCGUCCCCCAUGUCCGCGGAGCGCGUGGUGUCCUUCAUGGACCAGGUCAGGGUGUUCCAGGACCAGGUGGACAAGCUGAACCGGCUGCAGGUGGACUCCGCCGAGUACAGCUGCCUCAAAGCCAUCGCCCUCUUCUCCCCCGAUGCGUGCGGCCUGUCCGACCCGGCCCAUGUGGAGUCGCUGCAGGAGAAGGCGCAGGUCGCCCUGACCGAGUACGAGCGGCUGACGUACCCCAGCCAGCCUCAGCGCUUCGGACGCUUGCUGCUGCGCCUGCCGGCUCUGCGCGCCGUGCCGGCGAACCUCAUCUCUCAGCUCUUCUUCAUGAGGCUGGUGGGCAAGACGCCCAUCGAGACGCUGAUCCGAGACAUGCAGCUGUCAGGGAGCUCCAUCAGCUGGCCGUACGCGACGGGACAGUGAACGGCCCGCCGGGUCGGAGAGAGACGGGCUGAGGUCAGACUGUAAGGAGGCGUCGCCAUGGAGGCGAGCUAGGGCUGGGCGGCGGGGCUUAAAAAUUAAAUCUACCAUUUUUUUCAUACCAGAUCCGAUUUUACUUGAUUUUUUUUUUCUUUAAAAAAAAAAAAAACAUUUUCAAAAAGCGGCUUUUAUUUUAGUCAUUCGUUCUGUUAAUUGCAUGGCAGAAUAUUAGGGCCAGUUUAUUUACAGGAACAUAGUAAUAAUAUUAGCAAAAUAAAUGCAACUUUACUAGAAAAACGUAUGAGGAAAAAAGUCAUUUUAAUAAGAAGGCUUUUAUAUUUUUUUUGCUGUAAUUCUCAUAAAAGUACUACUUCAUCCUCCUAAUAUUCAGAUUUUAUUCAAGUAAUGAAAACAGAAAAACAUCUUAGCCUGACCCAUUUUGCUGUAAAGUUGACUUGAAUUCAUGGUCCAAACAAACAGAAGCUGUAAAACACGUUUGUCAAACAAGAUGGCGGCUCUUGGUGAGAUUACAUCACUCUGAACCAAGUGUCAAACUCAAGGCCUGGGGGCCAAAUCCGGCCCACCAGAAUUAUUUUUUGUGGCCCUUUAGACUCUUACAUAAAAUUUUAUUAGUCAAACAAAAGUCGUUUUUAUCUGUAUGCUGCCAAAUUACAUGUUCAGUAUUAUUUAAUUUCAGCUUCCAGCUUUUUAUUAAUACUUUUACAGUUUGUUAAUGGGAAGUUUUAUUAGUACAUUCUGCCACAACCGGCUCUUUGGUGAUUUUGAUACAUAAAAUGAAAAUGAGUUGAACCAAAGGAGUGAAAUGGUGGGAAAAAAAAAAAAAAAAAAAAGGUUUUCCAAAUAUUAAAUGAUGAAAAAUUGUUUUAUCGCCCAGCCCUACUCUGGUUUUCAGAUCCUGAUUUUGUCGUUAUGGCAGUAAGGAAACGGCGGUGCGUUCUUGAAGUCUGCAGCGCUGUCAGUGGCGAUCCCUCCUCUGGCUUCGUCUCCCUCUGAGCAAACAGGGCCUCCAUUAAACUGCUCUCUCACAUGAGGCCAUGUGCCUCCUCUACCUCCUCCCAUAUGACCCCCAAUGUGACUCCAGCUGAACCCGGCGCUGUGUGCUCUCCUGUCUCUGUCGUCCAGUCUAAAUUAAGCCAUAGCUGCCAGAUCAGGGCUGGGACGUUUUGUAGGGAUCACAAACCCAGGAGAUGUAAAUACGAGUCUGUUACAGUGCUGUGGAAAAACUAUUCACCCCCUUACAGCCUGUUUUGGUUUUGAAAAGCUCAAUUGUUCACUGCAAAAAAACUAAAUAUAACCAAGUAUCUUUGGUCUAGUUUCUAGUGCAAGUACUUAACGCAGUUGGAAUAAGACAAAAGUGACUUACAAAUGACUUUUCUGCUUGGUUUUAGUGACUAUUUAUUAAUAAAAAGUGCAAGUUCCACUGGCAGAUUAUUUCACUUAUAAAUUUUUCGUCUUAAAAAUUUACAUGUGAAAUAAUCCAGUGGAACCAGUUCUUUUAAUUAAUAUUCAAGAACUAUUGACUUAAAACAAGCUGAAAAGUUACUUUUAAUUAGACCAGUUUUUGUUCUAGACCGAAUGGUCCGGCGACGAUCCAGCCAACUUUACAGUACCGUAAUUCACUUUGCACUAUCUGAAAAACUCCAGCAGUUUCUGAAAGGGGAGACGUUGCGCUUUCCAGCCAAUAUGGGGUUAUUACGGUAAUUUCACUCCCACCGCAGCAGAGUGAAAUUAAUCUGAGGGGCGCUCUUUAAAUAGACGGUAAAUUUCGAAAAUAACUUGCUAGAUAUUGAAAGUUCCAGUUGUUGUGGAUAAACGGGCAAAUAUAUUUACUCACAGGACAUUUAAAGAACAAUUAGAAGAAUAAUUAAAAUAAGCAAAAAUAUUCAGACAGAGAUUUGAAACUUGGGUCUGAAAGGGUUAAGUUAGUUUCGUCUUAGUUCAAGUGCACCAAGUAUUAGCAAUAGAAACUGAAGUAUGUGGUAAGGUUUUGUGUUUUUGCAGUGUUUGCUUUCUCUAAACCUACAAAGAUGUAGAACAAUUAAAGUUGCUCUUAACUGAGAAACAUGAUGUCUGCAGUGCUUUAGAUGUGACGUCUUGGAAGAGUUUUUGAAGUACUUCUCUUUGGACUGUCACUGCUAGGAAGGUUCACCACCGUUCCAUGUUUUCUUCAUUUGUGGUCAGUGUCUCACAUUCUGGGUUUCUGGGGUUCAAAAGCCUCAGAAACAGCUUCGUAACUCUUUCCACACUGACAGAUGUCAGGCUUUGUUCUCAUAGGUAAUUUCAUUACAUGAUGUGUAGCUUUUAGACGUCUUUAUGUUGCCAGACAUGUUUUGUUUCACUCAUUUUUUGACUCUUUGGGUCUGAGCUCAGCUUUCUAGUUAAAUCACGAUUCAGCAAGUUGCGUCUCCAUUUGCCCAGGCUGCUAUGGAGAGCUACAUAUCUGAAAUUAAAAUUUGAUUCUUGUGAAAAUGAAGAGAAAAAAUCUGCUGUAAGGAGGGGAUUUUGUUCACAGCACUGUACAGAAAUAAAAAGUGUUAGCUCAACUUUUGUUUUUUUUUUGCAAAUACCUUAGCAUUUUUUUUUCUUUUUAAGACGGGGACCUGCCGUGUUUCUCCGCAAUGAUGCGAAUGUAUUAAACGUUAAAACACAGCCUGGUUGUUCAGACAGUCACAUCCCUGUGGAUGCUUUUAUUACCUCAUGUUUUCUUCAACACAGACACAGAUUGUGUGGUGAACUUACUGAUGUGUUCAUGAUAAAGGGAUCAACCGCGGCAUCGGACUUCACCUGAAGCAUCUUUGAGGAUCUUUUAAGCCUCACCUUGGAUGAAACAAGAUGGCCGACUCAAGUGAAUCUUUUAUGACAACUCUUUGCUACCUGGAUGCUGUUUCCUUUGCUUUUAUAAGAGUAGAUGAUUUAUUUCUUCCCCACUUUACUCCCCCUUAAAGAGAUGAGUCGUCUCCAGAUUAUUAUAAUGAUGAUCAUGAUGAACGGUACGUUGAUUAGGCGUGACUUUAGGAUCCAGGUACUUCAUAGUUCAUAAAGACUAUGAACCGCAGCUCAGUGAACAGAAACUCUUUAUUUUUGCCAAACUAAUAAUUGAUGAAACAUGUUUUGGUGUGACUUAUUUUUUCUGCUAUAAGAUUUUUUUAAAAAGGCAGUAAGAGCCGUGAUCCCUGGUGCAACAGUUUGUGUUUAUUUGUUAGUAUUUUUGACUUUAGUGAUUUAACUGUGGCAGUAGAUUUACAUGUAAAAGAAUCAUGUUUCAUGCCAAAACUAAAAACUGCUAAAGAAGUUUGUCUGCCUGACUCGUUAUUUGUUGCAUCACAGUAAAUAGAUGUAGUAUGUUUCUAUGAUUAACCUUCAUAAGCUGUGGACUUUAACACUAUUUAUCUACGAGUUAUUUCAAAAUUUUCUUCUAUCUUCAACCUCCUGAGUCUUUGUUCUCUUAUAUUUCUUUUUUGAAGAGGAAUGGACCUCUGUGUCGCCCCAGAAAAACAAAAUGUUACCAAUGUGAAUGAAAAGUUUCCAGACGUGCCGCUUAAUUUAGAAAAUUUCAGUCAAUUUGAAAGAAAAUGGUUCGAUUUCAUUUAUUUGAAAGUAAUUGUUGGAGGUGCUAAUAAAUUCAACACAAGUGA